AGACCGGCCCAUCAGAGUUUGUCAGCCAUACCGGAAAGCUUGUCUGUGCGCUCGUAUUGUUCAGUCUAUCACGGUACUACGGUAGAGAUCCCAAAUCAAUCUUUCUUCAGUGGCCUCAGAUCAGAAACUGAGACACCCAAAAUAUGGAGUACAGAAAAAUCAAAGAUCAGGAUAAAGAUGGGGAUGGUGGUGGAGACGACAUAGAGAGCUCAAGAGGGAAAGCUCAUGCAGUGAGUAAUGUGGAUAUUGAGCGCACCAAGUGGAAGCGCAAGUAUGUCCGUUGUUACGCUCGCAUUGACUGUUCUUACGAGUUCGCAAGCGAUACUUAUUGUGUGGUCUAAGAGAGCUGGAAAGUAUGAGUAUAGUGUUACCACUGCAAAUUUUAUGGUGGAGACUUUGAAAUGUGCAUUAUCACUUGCAGCCUUGACAAGAAUCUGGAGAAGUGAAGGUGUUACAGAAGAUAACAGGUUGAAUACGACAUUGGAUGAAGUUAUUGUGUUCCCCAUUCCUGCAGCACUUUACCUAGUCAAAAACUUGCUUCAGUAUUACAUCUUUGCGUAUGUCGAUGCGCCAGGUUAUCAGAUACUGAAGAACCUGAAUAUUAUCAGUACCGGUGUUCUAUACAGAAUUAUACUUAAGAAGAAGUUGAGCGAGAUUCAAUGGGCAGCUUUCAUUCUACUAUGUGCUGGGUGCACCACAGCUCAGCUAAAAUCAAAUUCAGAUCAUGUUCUUCAAACUCCUUUUCAAGGUUGGGUGAUGGCCAUUGUCAUGGCACUAUUGAGUGGUUUUGCAGGAGUAUAUACCGAGGCCAUAAUUAAAAAGCGUCCUACGAGAAACAUAAAUGUGCAGAACUUCUGGUUGUAUAUCUUUGGAAUGAUCUUCAAUGCCGCUGCUAUACUGGUCCAAGAUUUUGAUGCAGUGAUGAAUAAGGGAUUCUUCCAUGGAUACUCGUUUAUUACAGUUCUCAUGAUUCUCAACCAUGCACUCAGUGGAAUUGCUGUAUCAAUGGUAAUGAAGUAUGCCGACAAUAUUGUGAAGGUGUACUCUACUUCAGUAGCAAUGCUUCUCACAGCUCUUGUUUCUGUCUUUUUGUUUGGCUUUGAUCUUUCGCUUGCCUUCUUCCUUGGCUCAACUGUGGUAUCUGUUGCGGUAUAUCUACAUUCUGCUGGGAAGCUGCAAAGAUAGCCUCGUGCCCUCUCUACCCAAGUUUUUUUAAUAUCCGUGUAAAGGCUCAUGUGCUAUGAUUCUUUCUUUCUUUAUUUUCCUUCUCUAUAAUGUUGCUUUAGAAUAGACCAUCAUGAAAUUAAGAAUACAUGUAAUUUUCAGUCAAUUGAUUUAAUAUCAGUAAUCUAACAAUUCUGCUUUCCAGUGUUUGCUUCAAAAGUUCAAAUUUCUUGUAAAACCAAAUGAAAGUGGU